AUCGAGAAAGAAUGCUUUCUUUAGCUCUAGCUCAACGUCAGUUUGGUUUUGAACUUUUUUUUCUUGAGCAGCAGUUGCAUAAAUAUUAUGAAUAAUAUAAUUUGUAAUAUAGUAAAUAUGGGGUUUUUGGGGACGUUUUAAUUGAAAAGAAAUCUACUAUAUAUUUUACUUGAUUGUAUAAUAUAUAGCAUAUUUACAUAUCUGUGAAAUAUAAGAAUUGUCAUGCUAGUUCCUAGUCUGUACGAAACACGAAUUAUUAAACAUUCGAAAUUACAAAUUUCGCUCCGUUUACGCUACGAGCACAGACUUGAAAGUUGAAACUAAUUUUAUUAUUAUAUUAACAGCAUUACCGAAACAUUACUAUGACGACGAGAUCUAAGAAGAAAGUUGGGCCUAUUCAAUCUACUGUAAUUACAAAAAGCCGUAUAGAAAAUUCUUGGGUUAUGUUGAUAAAAGAUACGCUCUUUAACAAUAAUAGCUUUAGGAUAAUAACUUUACCGCACCCGGCACACAGCUCGCCUACAAAGUAUGUUUUAGAUAAGUUAAAUAAGAAGAUGUUUGAAGUAGUGACAUUCAGUGAACCAUUUCGUUCCUUGUUCAUAGGAGAAACUGUGAAAUCUGAUGGAAGUAUAAUGUUAGUGACUCCUGUUAACCCUGUAUUCUUAGUGCUUCCUAGACUACGUGAACAGUGUACAAGCAGGGCAGUGCCUUUAGAAGAUUUAUUAUCUGAAAAAGGCUUUCAUGAAAUUCCAGAGUUUAUUGGAGACUUGGAUUGUGUUGCAGACUUAAAGGGUUCUGCUGAACUAAAAGCCUACAAGUACAGUGAAGUUAAAACCAUGGAGUGGCUGGAAAGUAAAGUGCGAAAAUUAGCAACAUUAUUAAAAAAUAAAAAGAUACAUGUUACUUCUGGAUCAAGUUCUGCAACAUUUAUCUCUAGUACACUCAAUAAUGACUCAAUUGAUGAAGAAUUUUACCUGAAGUAUGCUCAUGGAAUUAUUUCGGAAUAUCUAGAAGAUGACUUAGUUGAAGUGUUGGAAAAGAAAUUUGCAUUCAAAUCUGAACUUAUAGAGUCUGUUGGAAAACGUAAAUCUGAUGCCAGUGAGUUAUUAGAAGCCAAUAAAAGAGUUAAAUGUGAAAUUAAUGAAGAUAGUGAACUUAUGGAUACUAGUUUUAAUUCAAAUGUGGUAAAAAAACAGAAACCCUUAACAGCCAAAGAAAAGGCAAGACAGAAAGCAGCAAGUGGAACAAAGACAAUAUCCUCAUUUUUUACCAAAAAGUGAACAUUUUACUAUUAAAUAAAUUGUAAA